AUGAUCACACGAUAUGUGAGUCGCCUUAUCAUCAGAAAACUUUGUCAUAUUAGAAAAAUCAGUACUGAAACAGACAAAAAAAUAGCUUCAGUAGGAAUAAUCGUUAUAGGUGAUGAAAUAUUGAGAGGUGAAGUUCAAGACACCAACUCCGCUUUCCUAGCAAAAGAACUACAUAAUUUAGGAAUUGAACUAAAAAAAAUUACCGUAAUUCCCGAUAACGUAAAUACUAUAUCUGAAGAAGUAAUAGAGUUUUCAAAAAAAUACAAUUAUGUAUUGACCACUGGAGGUAUUGGACCCACCCAUGAUGAUGUUACCUUUGAAGGAGUCGCCCUCGCUUUUAAGGAGCCUCUCGUUCUACAUCCCGAUUUAAAACAAAUAUGUAUUCAGUUUUAUAAAAACGAGAACCCCAGUAGUAUGAAAAUGGCUUACAUCCCAAAAUCCUCCAAGCUGCACUACAAAACAAAAUCUGGAGGAAAACUAAGGUAUCCAAACGUAUCUAUACAAAACGUCUAUAUGUUCCCAGGUAUACCAGAACUAUUAAAGAAAACAAUCCUAGAAGCGGGAUCUUUAUUAUUUAAAUCAGACAAGAAAUUCUUUAGCAAAUGUGUUUACUGUAACUUACCUGAAUACGAAAUAGUUACAGAAUUACAACAAGUUGUAAAAGAAUUUCCUGAUGUACAAUGUGGCUGUUAUCCGAAACUGUUUGAUAGUUCUUAUAAAGCCAAAGUUACUUUGGAAUCGUGCUGUGAAGAAUUAACAAGGAAAGCUCACGCUAGACUAUUGGAAUUAUUGCCAGCCAAAUCUGUUGUUAAGGACGAUACAAACGAUUAA